UUCAGCAAAGCAGCAGCAAAUAAUAUGGCAUUCAGGGCUGCAGGUGGUGUUAAUGCUUGCAAGAAGCUGGCCAUUGACUGUCCACAGAUACAGGUUGAGAGAAAAGAAUCAAGAACUUUGCCUAGCUGAGCCUUCAUCUCCAUCAGAUUCUGGUGUGUCUGUCCGUCUCUCAGUGGAGAGAUGGUCAAGGGAAAAGCAAAAGAUCAAAAAGGGAAGAAGAUCACCAUGAAAAUUGCCAAAAAUUCCAUUCGGAUAUCUUCUGAUGGUGGGCGCCGUCUUGAUUUAAGCAAGAUGGGUAUCACCACCUUUCCCAAGUGCAUUCUGAAACUGACUGACAUAGAUGAGCUUGAUUUGAGCAGAAACAUGAUAAAAAAGAUUCCAAGCAGCAUCCAGAAUUUUCAGAAACUGCGCUGGCUGGACCUGCAUAGUAAUCAGCUUGAGGAGCUGCCUCGGGCAAUAGGUAAUCUUCAGAACCUUUUCUACCUGAACAUAUGCAACAACAAGCUGACUACCAAAAAUCUGCCAGAAGAAAUAAACCUUCUCAAGAACCUGCGUAUUCUCAACCUUGGCUUGAACUGUCUUGACAGUAUUCCCACCAGUCUUGGGGCCCUGAAGGAACUUACAGAGAUAGGUCUCUUUGAUAACACCCUGACCACCAUCCCAAACAGUGUGAAAAAGCUCCCCAAGCUCAAGAAACUGAAUGCAGAAAGAAAUCCUUUCCCAGAUUCAACAAAGAGCGAGCAUGCUGACUCCAUUAAACGCAUACAAACACUUUACUUAGUACAAGAGAAAGACCUGUGCUGUUCCUGCCUGAAGGUGUGUCAGGAUAAGAGGGACAACCUGAACAAGUUAAAGAAUGGGACACCUAGCUCCUCCAAAAAGCCAAGUUUCCCUUUACUCCUUACACCCAAUUCCUUUGCAAAGGAUAACCAAGAAGAAUGGAGAUUAAGAGAGAAAAAUCCCUGAAAUAUAACAAGGCACUCCACAGGCCAUGUCCCAUGAGAUUCAGACCAAGCUAAUAAAAAGCUGUGACCUCCUUCCUUCUCCCUUUACCUGAUGUUCUCUUCC